GUGUCUACGGAAUGCCAUACAUUUAUGUAAUAAAUAACUAGCAAGCCCCGUUCGUCAUAGUGAUUCAUUAGUUCAACGAGUAGAUAUUUUUACCUACUCAGCCAGCGAUCGUGUUUAUAUUGUAAUUAAUUUAUUAUAAAUGAAUACUUAUAUACCAACUGAAUUAUAAUAUCCAAAAAUUAAUAUCAGUAAAUAAGAUGUCUUUCAACAUUAAUUCCAAACUCGUCUUGCCCAUUGUAUUUGGAGUGGGUGCGGUGGUGGUACUUGCCUCUGUGAUUGCCAAUUGUGCAUGGGGCGGCAAAAAGUCAACAAAAAGUAAAAAGAAACUUGUUGCCUUAGUAGAUCCUAACACAAAAUACCAAUUACCUCUUAUAGAAAGAGAGGAAAUAAGUCAUGAUUCAAGAAGAUUCCGAUUUGGUUUGCCUUCUAGUGAACAUGUUCUAGGAUUACCCAUUGGUCAACAUAUACAUCUAUCAGCUAAAAUUGAUGAUGAUCUUGUCAUUAGAGCAUAUACACCUGUAUCAAGUGAUGACGAGAAGGGUUAUGUGGAUUUGGUUAUUAAGGUAUACUUCAAAAAUGUCCACCCUAAAUUUCCUGAAGGUGGAAAAUUAUCACAACAUUUGGAAAACUUGAAACUCGGUGAAACAAUUGAUGUCCGAGGACCAUCUGGAAGGCUACAGUAUCCAGGAAAUGGUGUAUUCCUAAUCAAGAAACUGAGAAAGGAUCCCCCACUCAGGAUAGUAACAAAGAAACUCAACAUGAUUGCAGGUGGCACUGGCAUAGCACCAAUGCUGCAACUCAUCAGACACAUCUGUCAGGAUCCAAGUGACUCUACGGAGUUGCGCCUGUUGUUUGCCAAUCAGACAGAAGAAGAUAUCCUACUUAGAAAUGAACUUGAGAAAUAUCAAAGAGAGUACCCUAAUCAAUUUAAACUGUGGUAUACCAUUGACCGGGCCAAUGAAGGAUGGACGUACAGUACUGGCUUCAUCAACGAAGACAUGAUUCGAGACCACCUGUUCCCACCAGGAGAUGACGUGAUAGUACUUAUGUGCGGUCCCCCACCGAUGAUUAAUUUUGCUUGCAAUCCAGCGCUAGAAAAGUUGGGUUACAAAGAGGAUUUACGUUUUGCGUAUUAAAUAUUUAUUGGAUUUAAUUAAGACACAAAAGUAUAGUAAAAAUUUCGACCGGUUUAUUGUCACAUAAUUUUUUUAAAUAGAUUGCCAGUAGUACUAUGUUUAUUUUUAUAUAAAUAAUAUAAUUUUCCAUUUUAUAACGUACCAAUAUUACUAGAUUGUAUUUGCCUAUUUGUAGAUUAGGAAAGGAGGAAGGAGGAAAGGAAUAGAUUGAUUAUCAUCAUCAAUCAUCAACAUAAAAGUAUAAUGAAUGUUCUACUUUCAAUAAUUUAGGUUUACUAACUUUAAAUAAAUGUAAAUAACUGUUUUUAACUUUCAAAAUGUGACU